AUGCGCCCUCCUAAUUCCCCACCCUCCUCUCCAUUCCUCACCCCAGACAGGCCCCAGAUCGACCAAGAUGCCUCACUCGAGUUCGAGUUCCCUCAGCCGCAAACUGUUGGACUCGAACCAUCUACCAUCGACAGCCCUAUGAAUGACCAGCCCUCGCCGAUAUUCGCUCCAACAUUCGUCGCGCAUGCCGACCCCAACGGCGCUUACGGAGUUCAAUCCGGGGAUGACGACGGUGGUAGUAGCGCCGAUAAUAUGCACGACAUUUCCGUCCUUCUACACCAUGAUAUCCCGCACUCCUCGAUUCCGCAUUCACCACCCAUAGAUGCUAGCGACGUGAUAGCGCCUCCUCCACCCAUAGCAGCGAUCCCGCCGUUGCCCGAAGUUCAAGACCUCGAAGAUGACGUCGAUCCUGCAAACGCCGGUCUACAUCCCAUGGCACUGAGCAAUGCUAAUCCCAUGUCGCUCGGGCCUGAGAAUCCCCACGUGAUGCAAUUCCUUGAGCUCUGGGAAUGGUCAAAUCAAGCAGACAUCACGCUUCGCGCAAACAGUCCUGUCCCGUUGUUCCGAGAAAUUCGACGCCUGGCGCGCGAAUGUCCACCCCGAGUCGAAUAUAAGGAGUUAAGAGGUGACGAUUACGAUUUUCAAGGGAUUAGUUGGAGAAAGCUUGGUGUGACGAGGAAUAUCGCGCGGCGCCGUCGUAUGGCAACGUUCCAUAAUUAUGUUAAUAGAUCAGCAUCCGAUGUGUGGCACAAAGGGUCGUCUGACAGGCUUCUGCCGCCCGUCGAGAACUACUUCCGAUAUAAGAGUAUGGAUAUUAGGCGUGAUGUGCGUUUGCUACACUUUCAGCUUCGCAACAUCUUGGGCGUCGCAUCACGCACCAGGAUAUUCUAUCCUAGUUUCACCACGGUCAAGGAACAUGACCCUACAACAGGGAAGGACAAAACAGCGAUGCGCUUCGAGAACCAGACCGGGGCUUGUGUAUCCACCUUGACCGCCAAUGAAGAUAUCUUGAUCGCUGGUGGCUUCUACGGAACCUACCAAUACCGUAACCUGAACUCCAAAUUGGGCGUUGACUCUCACGAAGGUCAACUGACAAACCAUAACAGUGGUAUCACCAAUCACGUGCAACUUCACUCGUCCCGGCAUUCGUCAACGCCCUUAGCAGCUUUCGCUUCUAACGACUUCGGUUUCCGGAUGGUAGAUCUAUCUAUGAAUAAGAUCACAUCAGAGAUAAUGUAUGAUUUUGCUAUGAACUGUUCUGCACUGAGCCCCGAUAUGAGACUUCGCGUUAUAGUUGGGGAUCAUGAGAAUGUGCUCAUAACUGAUGCAGAGUCCGGUGAGAUCCUCCAGAAUCUCGAGGGCCAUAAGGACUUCGGCUUCGCUUGCGAUUGGGCGCCAGAUGGCUGGACGGUUGCCACCGGAAAUCAGGAUAAAACUAUUAGGAUAUGGGAUGCUCGCAAAUGGAAAAACAGCAACGGCGAGGCCCAAUCUAUUGCCGUGGUCAGGUCCGAGAUGGCCGGUGCGCGUAGUUUACGUUUCUCUCCCCUCGGAUCAGGGAAGAGGAUCCUGGUCGCUGCCGAAGAAGCUGAUUUCGUCACUUUAGUUGAUGCUCAGACAUUUAGUACUAGGCAGACUUUCGACAUAUUUGGUGAGCUUGGCGGCGUCGCUUUUGCCAACGGAGGUCACGAUCUCAUCGCUCUAUCAUGUGAUCUCUCUCGAGGAGGCGUGAUGCAUUUAGAACGUUGCGAUGCUGGAGCAGAAGAUACCUUUAGUUAUGCAGAUAGGGGUCACUUGGAGGACGUACCAUGGUGGUGGACUCCUGGGUAUGAUUGGAUGCAGAGUCCAGAGCAGGCCGUGGCAACACCAAGGUCGCAGGAGACUCUUACGCAGAAACGAAGACGGGCCGCUAUGUCAGAGAACUGGAACUUCUGA